AUGGCUUGUCCUGGGACUGCUCUUUAUUGCCAGGAGCGUCCCCACACAAGAAAAAUACAGUGAUGCUAACAAAAGUAGUAACCAGAGCUGUGUGAUUCCUCAGUGGAAACUGCCAAAAUCCGAACGACUUCAGAGGAUAAUCCAGUACAGCUCUAACGGUUGUGAAGCUAGUGUCUUGCGGUGCUACUGUCUCACUCCAACUAACACCAGCAUCGUCAACUCAAGUGAAGUGGACUAUGUACUCGGACAGUGUAUUGAAGGUUGUUUCAUUGCAGACAGAUACAGUGAAUACUACAAAGUCCCGGUGUCAGGCGAAUGGAGAGGAUCUCUCUGUGCGCAGUACAAUCGAGCAGGUCCUCUGUGUGAUGCCAGUGCUUCAUCCACUAUCUACCACGCUCUGUUCGUCUCUGCAUAUAUCCCUUCAUGGACAAUAUCCUCUCAUGCUAUAAGGACGGGACAAACGGCACCUCAAACUGUCGCUACUUUGCAGUUGUCUACCACAUUUUAAGAAUGACCGCGCUCUCAACCGUUGUGUGGACAAAGAGCCUACUUGCCUUUCCCUUUGCAGCAGUUGCUGUCAUUAUCACAAUUCUGCUUGUUGCCCUCAUUCGUCCCUACAAAUCGGCUCUGUAUAACUCUCUGGAUAUUUUCUUCCUCGUGUGUCUAUCCCUCGGCCUUCUUGGAAACACGGCUUUCUCUCUUGGACAUGUUGAAGAUCCCGAGGAUAAUUUUGUAUCUUUAAUAGUAAUCUAUUUUUCUUGCACACCACCUCUUCUUUAUUAUUUCUUCAAAGUUGGAUACAAAGUUUGGGGUCUUAGGGAGCGGACAUGGAAAUUAAUGAAAAAAACGACUACUCUUCUAUUGAGUGUUUACCAGAAGAUGAGGGUCAGAAAUGUAGAACUCUGCGAAAGUAGCUAUCUCGUCAAGGAUUGAUCGUGUUUUUGUAAAUUU